AUGGAGGCCAGCCAGAAAGGGAGGGAGGGUUUACCUGCAGCCAGAUCAGGCAGCAAGAAAGGAGGUCAUUCCUGGAAUAGCCCCUUAUCUGCAGGCGGUGUGAGGGCAUGCCAGGCUGAGAGGCGAGAAGAAGCGGCUUACCUGUCCGGUCCUGCAGACAGAGGGGAGGCCCUAUUAGUACCCAAUGGCAGCAGCCCCAGUCCUGGAGUGGUUGGCUUGGCAGAGAUACUGUCUGUCUGUCUCUGUAGCAAUACAAAGAACGGGGAAGUCCCUAUACCGACCAGCCAUUGGAGGAGGAGACGGAGCUACUUUAGUCACGUCACAGAUGAUAUGAAAGCCGUGCUGACCACUGCUAGCUGGUAGGAUAAUGCUGUGCCUGUUCAAGCAUGGCCUCUAGAGACCCAGGAGCACAAGACAACAACACGUUUGUUUUUCUGUUGUUGGGUUGCCUCACUAUUCUGAUACAGUGGUUGUAUGUAGGCCUAUUAGUUAUAUGUUGUAUGUAUUAGUUGUAUUACAGUAUGUAUUAAUCUACCCUGGUUGUCUUCUGCAGGUGAAGCUGAAGCUUGGUGACGAAUGUGGUGGUCCUAUAGUGUUAAAACCUGUACCCUGUACUACUGCACAAAGGCAACGUAGUCAAGGCAAUAAUGCUCAUGCACACAGACAAUUUGUGGCUGUGCUCUGCCCAAACUGCGCUCCCUGUGUCAACAGUGGUGCUAAGUAGCACUAGCCUACUGCUGUGUGUGUAAAGCCGCAGACACUCUCUGGCCAGGAUGCAUGUGCGGGACACCGAGCCACCUGUCUGCAGCUUUAGCCGUCUUCUUUACCAGCACUAGCUAGCUGGGGUUUAUCCGGCCAUGAGGGCCCCUGGCCUACUUUAACGUUCCUCUCACUCACUGUCGCUGGUCACUCACUGUCGCUGGUCACUCACUGUCGCUGGUCACUCACUGUCCCUCGCUGCAAGGCCCUUAUGUUCACAGUCACACCGGACUGGAGUGCUGAGAAAGACCAGGACAGAGUGGAUGGCUGGAUGCAGUCCCCUGAGAGCGAGACAGUUUAGAGAGCUCUGUCUCGUUCCACCCAGGCCUGUAUUUACACAUAAACAUUAUCUCUCACAAAAGCCCCUCUUUUCACUGAUUGUCAAUAAUAUCAGUGAAAGGGGACAUCAUGGUAGAGUCCUGCACUAGAAGGCUAUGUUUAACUGCAGUGAUGCUUCAGUGCCAUCCUGUGCAUGGCUACUAGCACUUUCUCAUCAACCAUCACUCCCUGUUCUCUGUGACCUGUGUGGAGACUGGGGAAGAUAGCCUUCUCAGUCCUGUGAAGGCUAGCACGGUGGUGUGUAUUAGUGUGUGGGCUACUGUGGGGCAGCUACUUUCAGUGUAGGAGGAGUGAAGUGUCUAUGUUAGGGACUGGUUGGUCAGUUGGUGAUACUGCUGAGUAGUCGGAGUAGUAGUAGUAGUACUACAGUGUAAGGUGAGGUAAUGUGGGGCAGUGGCAGUGUUUACAGUAGCAUUGUAGGGCAGUAUUAGCCUAAGUUAUGUUGAGCUGGCUGCUUCAGCAUGGAGCAGGCUAGGGCAGGCAGUGUGUGGGCUGGUGAGGGGGAUGGCUGUGGCUGGGGGGGGGUCACGCGAGCUGGGGCCGGGCGGGGGAGGGAGGAGAGGGUUUAAGGUUCUUUCAUUAGGCUGGGCGCAGCGAGAAGAGGGGGCCAGCUGGAUUAGGCCUGGACAGUCAUGUGAAAAGUUCGGCAGAGAGCUGACAUCAUCCAGUGACCAGCUGAAUUCCCCAGCCAAUCAGCAUUGACGUUGUUCAGGGCAGACUGAAGGCACUAGGCUAGGCUAAGCCCCGUUGUUUUGCUCCUGCCGAGGUUGUGUGCAGAAGCUAUGGGGACACCUUGUUAAAAUAUGAAUUGGUCUCUUUAAUGUAGUCCCUCAGGUGGCUUCAGAGUGAGCGACUUGAGUCUCAUCCCCACACUGUUCUAGUCUACAUAUCAUGCAAGCAGCAGCAUGUUCCUCAGAAACAGCUUCUAGAACACUGUUUAUAGUUUUUUUUGUUCAUGUCAAACAUUUAUGCCACUAUACUGUGGAGUUCAAUGAGGAAUUCUAUGAUGAGGAAUUCACAGGUUUCAGAGACAAGAUGGGUAGUCAUAGUCCAUUCAUGGAGAAGUUCCUUGAUAUAGAGGACAUCUUAAAGGUUAGCCAGAAAAGGGCCAGUCGAAAAAGUGAGUUUGAAAGACGUCAGCUAAAGCAGAGACAAAGCAAACAUUGUUGCUUGUUAGAGGAGUGUCAUUUCAGAGAACUCUUGUUUUUUCCCCCCUCUCUGCGACGCUUUGAGCGGAGUCAUUUGUAAGGUGCCAAGAAGCAGCUGGGCCCAGCUACCACCUGAGUUUCACACGGUAGGGCCUCGCAGGGCCCUCACAGAUCACAGGCCCUCUCUGUGAAAGCACCGCGCUGUGAAGCCCCUGGGCCCCAACAAAGGUUCUGUGUGUGUGUGGCGCCAUGUUUCUGCCUCAUACUGACUUUUUUUGUCUUUGGGAAUGCUUUGGUCUGGUUCCUGUCAUUCUGUUGCUGUCCAGAGGUUCAACAAUCAUGGCAAGGCCACUGGGAGUGAAUAUGAAUUCGGAAUGGUGUAUAUGUGAGAAGAUAUUGGGGAAGCAGGGAUGUACCCUACACAAGCAACGUGGUGCCAUUAACAUCAACUUAUACAUAGCUUUCCUUCCUUUCAGGAGCAUUAGAAUAGCACUCAUUUUUGCGAUGUUGGUAAAGAAAUCCCAAAAGGGACUAUGUUUCAUAGAUAAAUGUGACGAGGUGUGAAGGAAGGAGUCAGGCGCAGGAGGUAAAAUACCGAAGUCCAGAGUUUAUUCCUUUUACAUAAAUCAAACGCCCAAAGCGUCAAACGAAACUAUUACAAGGGAAGACAUCCACCUUGGCAUAAACACAGUGAAUAGUAGCUCAACCGCGCUACACGCUCUCAUAACAAACAAUCACUCACAAAGACAAGGGGAACGGAGGGAAUACUUAUACACAUACUAAUUAGGGGAAUGACCACCAGGUGUGUGUGAUUGACAAGACAUAACAAGUGGAGUGAUGAGAAUGGGAUCGGCAGUAGCUAGGACUCCGGUGACGACGAACGCCGAAGCCUGCCCGAACCAGGGGGGGGGGGCAGCCUCAACGGAAGUCGUGACAAUGAAUAAAAAAGGGACUACGUUUCUGUAGUGACCCAGCUGAGUGAUUAGGUCAGAUCUUUCCUCCAUCCUGGAGUGCAGAGUGUUUGUUUUCGCCUCAGGCCACCCAGUAAUGUUACAGCAGCAGUGUACGCCAGCCAGCCCAGCAGCAGUAGAUCAGAGCAUCAGGGCAUCUGUUUGAAACAGAAUUGAAAGUAGUGACAUGAAUAAAAUAAUCCAUGAAUAAAAGCACGGGCCUGUGAUGCAAAUAAGCCGGCUGGGAGAGAGGAAUUUCGAGUGUGGCUGGCAUGGAGAGCUGUACAGAGAGCGAGAGAGAGAGAAAAUGACAUGUUUUCAGUUCAAUCCCCAUGCUCAUUUGUAGCAUGGCAGGCUUCCUAUGGGCAUUAAGGGCACUGGUGCACAAUAGAAGACUGUUGUCGUGUCUUAAACAACUCUGAUCCGAUGACUCCUUGUGGAUCUUGCAAUCUUAGGAGGAGAUUCUCACAUCAUUUAACCACUGUGUGUGUAAGAGAGAGAGAGACAGAUCUCCUCUCAGUGGUAUGGUUCCCAUGCAUUAAUAAACAGGAAUUUUUAACACUAGGCUCCUGGAUGAAAAGCGAAAGCUGUUUUAAGCGAGCUGCCCGCUGCAGGCUCUUUUUGGACUGCCUAAGGUGACUUUUUCCAUUAGAGUUCCCUAGGAACACAAACACAGCCUCACUCCCACUGUCAGUGAAUGGACAUAUAUACAGUACAGUACAGUCGGCCUCCAGAUAGGAGGUAUAGUGCAUAGUAAAGCCCAGUUAACGAUAGUAGUAGUGUACUCCACAUCCUUCCAGGCUGGCUCCGGGGCUUCAGCGGUGGAAUGGAAGACAGGAUGUCUAUUAAAAAGUCAUGGGACGAAUGUGGUAAACAAAAUGGGUGUGACAUUUAGCUCAUUAGCAUUACACACUGUCCUACACAAGCCGAGAGAGGGGGAACACAUCGAUGUACAGUACAUAGCACUCAAGCGUGAGUGGUUCAACUUCAAACUACAAGACUAGGGUUGAGCAAUUCAACAUGUACACCAAUGCUUUUUCAUAAAAGGACGGUUCCCUUACUCUUUCUGUGGACAGUUUAUUUAUGCAUAAGCAUUUCUUUCUGAGCCUUUCAGAGAUUCCCCACUGGGCACAGACAUCACUUCAACGUCUAGUUUUGGUUGAGUUGUCAACUAAUGUGAAUUCAACGUGAAAUCAACAAAAAAUAUCACCACGUCAGUGGAUUUAGGUUAAAAGUUAGAUGAAAAAUUAACGAAAUUCUCUUACGUUGAUGACUUUGCAAAUCCAAUUAGUUUCCCACAUUGAUUCAACGUCAUCACAUAUAAUUAUUUUGUUGACAUUACAUUUUUGCACAGUAGGUCAGGUGCAGCUCUGUCUCUAAAACAUGUAAAGUAGUCAACUGAUUAUUCAUGUAGUUUUUGGAACAAACAUUCACAUACAUUUUUCACAUUCUGGUGACCUUAUGAGAGCUUAAUAAAAAAAUGUCAGGUGGUACUGUACAUUUCUCCCUGAGGCCUCUUAUAUAAGGAUGGCGGGGGAAUGGAUGUGGAGGUGGGUUCUGGCUGGUAUGCUGGGGCUGUUUUGACUCCUCAUCAGCCCAUUACAUUUUAAGAAACAUCACUAAGUACUUUUAGUAGUCCAUUAUCCACCAUUAAGUACUCACAAGUUUGGGUAUACCGUUUAACAGUCCUGGAUAUAACCAUUUUCACUUUUCCACAAAGAGGUUAAGCACAGCAACACUAUCAGGCAUGCCAGCCGAUCACUUCGCCUUCCUUUGGCAACUCAAAUAUCACUCAAUUUCCCCAAUGCUUUGUGUGUCCCCAAGGGAUGGCCAGGCCAUGUGCAUACAUCUCUCCAGGCAGUAAGAUUUGAGUGUGGUGACUUCUGUAGUCAUGAGGGCUUAGGGUCUUGAGCACUUGUCCCCAUAAUCCAGUGUUUUGAAAAUGAGACUCCAGCUGUUCGGGGCAGAAAGCUGCAGCCUUGGAGGAGUUUGGGGAGAUGAGCGCUUGUGCCUUCCAUUUUGCCUCGAGGUCCUUUUUCUUCUUGGGUAACUGGCUUCUUUUCUUUGCACUGCUUUAUCUACGAUAUAGAAUACAGUUAUUAUAGGGCUUAGAAAGUAUUAAAAAGGUAUUUACAGUACCAGUCAAAAGUUUGGACACACCUACUCGUUCAAGGGUUUUUCUUUAUUUUUACUAUUUUCUACAUUGUAAAAUGAUAGUAAAGACAUCAAAUCUAUGAAAUAACACAUGGAAUCAUGUAGUAACCAAGAAAGUGUUAAACAAAUCAAAAUAUAUUUGAUAUUUGAUAUUCUUCAAAGUAACCACCCUUGAUGACAGCUUUGCACACUCUUGGCAUUCUCUCAACGAGCUUCAUGAGGUAAUCACCUGGAAUGCAUUUCAAUUAACAGGUGUGCCUUUUUAAAAGUCAAUUUGUGGACUUUUAAAGAACUUUGAACGUUUCUUCAAGUGCAGUCGCAAAAACCAUCAAGCGCUAUGAUGAAACUGGAUCUCAUGAGGACCGCCACAGGAAAGGAAGACCCAGAGUUACAUUUGCUGCAGAGGAUAAGUUCAUUAGAGUUAACUGCACCUCGGACUGCAGCCCAAAUAAAUGCUUCACAGAGUUCAAGUAACAGACACAUCUCAACAUCAACUGUUCAGAGGAGACUGCGUGAAUCAGGCCUUCAUGGUCGAAUUACUACAAAGAAACCACUACUAAAGGACACCAAUAAAAAGAAGAGAUUUAGACCGGUGGAAAUCUGUCCUUUGGUCUGAUGGCCAAAUUGGAGAUUUUGGGUUCCAAACGCUGUGUCUUUGUGAGACGCAGAGUAGGUGAACGGAUGAUCUCCGCAUAUGUGGUUCCCACCGUGAAGCAUGGUGGAGGAGGUGUGAUGGUGUGGGGGUGCUUUGCUGGUGACACUGUCAGUGAUUUAUUUAGAAUUCAAGACACACUUAACCAGCAUGGCUACCACAGCAUUCUGCAGCGAUACGCCAUCCCAUCUGGUUUGCGCUUAGUGGGACUAUCAUUUGUUUUUCAACAGUACAAUGACCCAACACACCUCCAGGCUGUGUAAUGGCUAUUUGACCAAGAAGGAGAGUGAUGGAGUGCUGCAACAGAUGACCUGGCCUCCACAAUCACCCGACCUCAACCCAAUUGAGAUGAUUUGGGAUGAGUUGGACCGCAGAGUGAAGGAAAAGCAGCCAACAAGUGCUCAGCAUAUGUGGGAACUCCUUCAAGACUGUUGGAAAAGCAUUCCAGGUGAAGCUGGUUGAGAGAAUGCCAAGAGUGUGCAAAGCUGUCAUCAAGGCAAAGGGUGGCUACUUUGAAGAAUCUAUUAAUAUAUUUUGAUUUGUUUAACCAUUUUUUGGUUACUACAUGAUUCCGUAUGUGUUAUUUCAUAGUUUUGAUGUCUUCACUAUUAUUCUACAAUGUAGAAAAUAGUAAAAAAUAAAGAAAAAUCCUUGAAUGAGUAGGUGUGUCCAAACUUUUGGCUGGUACUGUACAUGUCAUGUCUUUUGGGUUCAGAACAGACUUGGGUUCAGAUAUUAUUUGAAAUCGUUCAAAUACUUUGAGCGUUUGAUUGUGGCUGCCUGGAGUGCCAGAUGGGCAGCGUUGGCACUUUUGGGAUAAUUUCAUUGGCUCCUUUGCGCCAGGCUAGCUCACUAAGUGCAGCUAAAAUAUUUGACAGAAAACUAAUUCUACUAGAAUCCAGAUUUGGUUGUUUGGGUUCAGAGGUUUUAGUUGUCACCUAAGGCCAUACAGUGAGGGAAAAAAGUACAGUGGGGGGAAAAAAGUAUUUAGUCAGCCACCAAUUGUGCAAGUUCUCCCACUUAAAAAGAUGAGAGAGGCCUGUAAUUUUCAUCAUAGGUACACGUCAACUAUGACAGACAAAUUGACGAAAAAAAUCCAGAAAAUCACAUUAUAGGAUUUUUAAUGAAUUUAUUUGCAAAUUAUGGUGGAAAAUAAGUAUUUGGUCACCUACAAACAAGCAAGAUUUCUGGCUCUCACAGACCUGUAACUUCUUCUUUAAGAGGCUCCUCUGUCCUCCACUCGUUACCUGUAUUAAUGGCACCUGUUUGAACUUGUUAUCAGUAUAAAAGACACCUGUCCACAACCUCAAACAGUCACACUCCAAACUCCACUAUGGCCAAGACCAAAGAGCUGUCAAAGGACACCAGAAACAAAAUUGUAGACCUGCACCAGGCUGGGAAGACUGAAUCUGCAAUAGGUAAGCAGCUUGGUUUGAAUAAAUCAACUGUGGGAGCAAUUAUUAGGAAAUGGAAGACAUACAAGACCACUGAUAAUCUCCCUCGAUCUGGGGCUCCACGCAAGAUCUCACCCCGUGGGGUCAAAAUGAUCACAAGAACGGUGAGCAAAAAUCCCAGAACCACACGGGGGGACCUAGUGAAUGACGUGCAGAGAGCUGGGACCAAAGUAACAAAGCCUACCAUCAGUAACACACUACGCCGCCAGGGACUCAAAUCCUGAAGUGCCAGACGUGUCCCCCUGCUUAAGCCAGUACAUGUCCAGGCCCGUCUGAAGUUUGCUAGAGUGCAUUUGGAUGAUCCAGAAGAGGAUUGGGAGAAUGUCAUAUGGUCAGAUGAAACCAAAAUAGAACUUUUUGGUAAAAACUCAACUCGUCGUGUUUGGAGGACAAAGAAUGCUGAGUUGCAUCCAAAGAACACCAUACCUACUGUGAAGCAUCAUGCUUUGGGGCUGUUUUUCUGCAAAGGGACCAGGACGACUGAUCCGUGUAAAGGAAAGAAUGAAUGGGGCCAUGUAUCGUGAGAUUUUGAGUGAAAACCUCCUUCCAUCAGCAAGGGCAUUGAAGAUGAAACGUGGCUGGGUCUUUCAGCAUGACAAUGAUCCCAAACACACCGCCCGGGCAACGAAGGAGUGGCUUCGUAAGAAGCAUUUCAAGGUCCUGGAGUGGCCUAGCCAGUCUCCAGAUCUCAACCCCAUAGAAAAUCUUUGGAGGGAGUUGAAAGUCUGUGUUGCCCAGCGACAGCCCCAAAACAUCACUGCUCUAGAGGAGAUCUGCAUGGAGGAAUGGGCCAAAAUACCAGCAACAGUGUGUGAAAACCUUGUGAAGACUUACAGAAAACGUUUGACCUGUGUCAUUGCCAACAAAGGCUAUAUAACAAAGUAUUGAGAAACUUUUGUUAUUGACCAAAAACUUAUUUUCCACCAUCAUUUGCAAAUAAAUUCAUAAAAAAUCCUACAAUGUGAUUUCUGGAAAAAAAAAUCUCAUUUUGUCUGUCAUUGUUGACAUGUACCUAUGAUGACAAUUACAGGCCUCUCAUCUUUUUAAGUGGGAGAACUUGCACAAUUGGUGGCUGACUAAAUACUUUUUUCCCCCACUGUAUUUGAUCCCCUGCUGAUUUUGUACGUUUGCCCACUUACAAAGAAAUGAUCAGUCUAUAAUUUUAAUGGUAGGUUUAUUUGAACAGUGAGAGACAGAAUAACAACAAAAAAAUCCAGAAAAACGCUUUUCAAAAAUGUUAUAAAUUGAUUUGCAUUUUAAUGAGAGAAAUAAGUAUUUGACCCCUCUGCAAAACAUUACUUAGUACUUGGUGGCAAAACCCUUGUUGGCAAUCACAGAGGUCAGACGUUUCUUGUAGUUGGCCACCAGGUUUGUACACAUCUCAGGAGGGAUUUUGUCCCACUGGCUAGGCCACUCCAGGACCUUAAUGUGCUUCUUCAUGAGCCACUCCUUUGUUGCCUUGGCCGUAUGUUUUGGGUCAUUGUCAUGCUGGAAUACCCAUCCACGACCCAUUUUCAAUGCCCUGGCUGAGGGAAGGAGGUUCUCACCCAAGAUUUGACGGUACAUGGCCCCGUCCAUCUUCCCUUUGAUGCGGUGAAGUUGUCCUGUCCCCUUAGCAGAAAAACACCCCCAAAGCAUAAUGUUUCCACCUCCAUGUUUGACGGUGGGGAUGGUGUUCUUGGGGUCAUAGGCAGCAUUCCUCCUCCUCCAAACACGGCAAGUUGAGUUGAUGCCAAAGAGCUCCAUUUUGGUCUCAUCUGACCACAACACUUUCACCCAGUUCUCCUCUGAUCAUUCAGAUGUUCAUUGGCAAACUUCAGACGGGGCUCUAUAUGUGCUUUCUUGAGCAGGGGGACCUUGCGGGCGCUGCAGGAUUUUUAGUUGGUGUUUUUUGGCCCGUCUCUCAGGAUUCCCUGGGUUCCCCCGGGUUUGGGAUUUUUGCUCACCGUUUGUGAUCAUUUUACCCACGGGGUGAGAUCUUGCAUGGAGCCCCAGAUCGAGGGGGGAUUAUCAGUGGUCUUGUAUGUCUUCCAUUUCCAAAUAAUUGCUCCCACAGUUGAUUUUCUUCAAACCAAGCCUGCUUACCUAUUGCAGAUUCAGUUUCCACCCUGGUGCAUGUCUACAAUUUUGUUUCUGGUGUCCUUUGACAGCUCUUUGGUCUUGACCAUAGUGGAGUUUGGAGUGUGACUGUUUGAGGUUGUGGACAGGUGUCUUUUAUACUGAUAACAAGUUCAAAAAGGUGCCAUUAAUACAGGUAACGAGUGGAGGACAGAGGAGCCUCUUAAAGAAGAAGUUACAGGUCUGUGAGAGCCAGAAAUCUUGCUUGUUUGUAGGUGACAAAUACUUAUUUUCCACCAUAAUUUGCAAAUAAAUUCAUAAAAAUCCUACAAUGUGAUUUCUGGAUUUUUUUUCCCUCAAUUUGUCUGUCAGAGUUGACGUGUACCUAUGAUGAAAAUGACAGCCUCUCUCAUAUUUUUUAAGGGGGAGAACUGCACAAUGGUGGUGACUAAAUACUUUUUUCCCCACUGUAUGGUGGAAAAUAAGUAUUUGGUCACCUACAAAACAAGCAAGAUUUCUGGCUCUCACAGACCUGUAACUUCUUCUUUAAGAGGCUCCUCUGUCCUCCACUCGUUACCUGUAUUAAUGGCACCUGUUUGAACUUGUUAUCAGUAUAAAAGACACCUGUCCACAACCUCAAACAGUCACACUCCAAACUCCACUAUGGCCAAGACCAAAGAGCUGUCAAAGGACACCAGAAACAAAAUUGUAGACCUGCACCAGGCUGGGAAGACUGAAUCUGCAAUAGGUAAGCAGCUUGGUUUGAAUAAAUCAACUGUGGGAGCAAUUAUUAGGAAAUGGAAAGACAUACAAGACCACUGAUAAUCUCCCUCGAUCUGGGGCUCCACGCAAGAUCUCACCCCGUGGGGUCAAAAUGAUCACAAGAACGGUGAGCAAAAAUCCCAGAACCACACGGGGGGACCUAGUGAAUGACGUGCAGAGAGCUGGGACCAAAGUAACAAAGCCUACCAUCAGUAACACACUACGCCGCCAGGGACUCAAAUCCUGCAGUGCAGAUGUGUCCCCCUGCUUAAGCCAGUACAUGUCCAGGCCCGUCUGAAGUUUGCUAGAGUGCAUUUGGAUGAUCCAGAAGAGGAUUGGGAGAAUGUCAUAUGGUCAGAUGAAACCAAAAUAGAACUUUUUGGUAAAAACUCAACUCGUCGUGUUUGGAGGACAAAGAAUGCUGAGUUGCAUCCAAAGAACACCAUACCUACUGUGAAGCAUGGGGGUGGAAACAUCAUGCUUUGGGGCUGUUUUUCUGCAAAGGGACCACGACGACUGAUCCGUGUAAAGGAAAGAAUGAAUGGGGCCAUGUAUCGUGAGAUUUUGAGUGAAAACCUCCUUCCAUCAGCAAGGGCAUUGAAGAUGAAACGUGGCUGGGUCUUUCAGCAUGACAAUGAUCCCAAACACACCGCCCGGGCAACGAAGGAGUGGCUUCGUAAGAAGCAUUUCAAGGUCCUGGAGUGGCCUAGCCAGUCUCCAGAUCUCAACCCCAUAGAAAAUCUUUGGAGGGAGUUGAAAGUCUGUGUUGCCCAGCGACAGCCCCAAAACAUCACUGCUCUAGAGGAGAUCUGCAUGGAGGAAUGGGCCAAAAUACCAGCAACAGUGUGUGAAAACCUUGUGAAGACUUACAGAAAACGUUUGACCUGGGUCAUUGCCAACAAAGGGUAUUGAGAAACUUUUGUUAUUGACCAAAAACUUAUUUUCCACCAUAAUUUGCAAAUAAAUUCAUAAAAAAUCCUACAAUGGGAUUUUCUGGAUUUUUUUUUCUCAUUUUGUCUGUCAUAGUUGACGUGUACCUAUGAUGACAAUUACAGGCCUCUCAUCUUUUUAAGUGGGAGAACUUGCACAAUUGGUGGCUGACUAAAUACUUUUUUUGAUCCCCUGCUGAUUUUGUAUGUUUGCCCACUUACAAAGAAAUGAUCAGUCUAUAAUUUUAAUGGUAGGUUUAUUUGAACAGUGAGAGACAGAAUAACAACAAAAAAAUCCAGAAAAACGCAUGUCAAAAAUGUUAUAAAUUGAUAUGCAUUUUAAUGAGAGAAAUAAAGUAUUUGACCCCUCUGCAAAACAUGACUUAGUACUUGGUGGCAAAACCCUUGUUGGCAAUCACAGAGGUCAGACGUUUCUUGUAGUUGGCCACCAGGUUUGUACACAUCUCAGGAGGGAUUUUGUCCCACUGGCUAGGCCACUCCAGGACCUUAAUGUGCUUCUUCAUGAGCCACUCCUUUGUUGCCUUGGCCGUAUGUUUUGGGUCAUUGUCAUGCUGGAAUACCCAUCCACGACCCAUUUUCAAUGCCCUGGCUGAGGGAAGGAGGUUCUCACCCAAGAUUUGACGGUACAUGGCCCCGUCCAUCUUCCCUUUGAUGCGGUGAAGUUGUCCUGUCCCCUUAGCAGAAAAACACCCCCAAAGCAUAAUGUUUCCACCUCCAUGUUUGACGGUGGGGAUGGUGUUCUUGGGGUCAUAGGCAGCAUUCCUCCUCCUCCAAACACGGCAAGUUGAGUUGAUGCCAAAGAGCUCAAUUUUGGUCUCAUCUGACCACAACACUUUCACCCAGUUCUCCUCUGAAUCAUUCAGAUGUUCAUUGGCAAACUUCAGACGGGGCUGUAUAUGUGCUUUCUUGAGCAGGGGGACCUUGCGGGCGCUGCAGGAUUUCAGUCCUUCACGGCGUAGUAUGUUACCAAUUGUUUUCUUGGUGACUAUGGUGACCCAGCUGCCUUGAGAUCAUUGGCAAGAUCCUCCCGUGUAGUUCUGGGCUAAUUCCUCACUGUUCUCAUGAUCAUUGCAACUCCACGAGGUGAGAUCUUGCAUGGAGCCCCAGGCCGAGGGAGAUUGACAGUUAUUUUGUGUUUCUUCCAUUUGCGAAUAAUCGCACCAACUGUUGUCACCUUCUCACCAAGCUGCUUGGCGAUGGUCUUGUAGCCCAUUCCAGCCUUGUGUAGGUCUACAAUCUUGUACCUGACAUCCUUGAAGAGCUCUUUGGUCUUGGCCAUGGUGGAGAGUUUGGAAUCUGAUUGAUUGAUUGCUUCUGUGGACAGGUGUCUUUUAUACAGGUAACAAACUGAGAUUAGGAGCACUCCCUUUAAGUGUGCUCCUAAUCUCAGCUCGUUACCUAUAUAAAAGACACCUGGGAGCCAGAAAUCUUUCUGAUUGAGAGGGGGUCAAAUACUUAUUUCCCUCAUUAAAAUGCAAAUAAAUGUAUAACAUUUUGUACAUGCGUUUUUCUGGAUUUUUUUGUUGUUAUUCUGUCUCUCACUGUUCAAAUAAACCUACCAUUAAAAUUAUAGACUGAUCAUUUCUUUGUCAGUGGGCAAACGUACAACAUCAGCAGGGGAUUAAAUACUUUUUUCCCUCACUGUACAUAGCCUGUGUUAUAUAAAUGUAUAUUCCUUUCUUGUUGUAUUAACUUUUUAAAUUCCUCACUAAUCUGAGAUGAAUGUAGAGAUUGAUUUAGAAAGAAAACAUUGGAGUUUCUCAAUAUUGGAGAUGAAUAGACUGACCUUUAAGAUGAUUGACAGUGACUUUUUUUGAUUAUUUUAUAAACUUUCUCAGAUUUGACCUGAAAGACAAUAAUAGCCCGACAGCCACAUUGUAAAGUAGAAGCAAAGCUUGAGAGCAAUUGAGUGGCAGUAGCCACAACAUCUUAAUAUCAUUUGUAAUAUCGCAGAGAAGUGUUUCAACCAAUAGGCCUACCUUUAAUACUUUAGUCUCUAUCCCAAUGGAUUUAAAGGCCCAAUGCAGGCAUUUUUAUUUAAAUAUGAAAUCAUUUAUGCGUAACAAUUUAGUACCUUACUCUAAUAGUUUUCCAUUAAAUUUGUCAAAAAAUAAACAAAAAUAGCUUUUUAGCAAAAAAAUAUUUCUCAAGCAAUAAUUUUCUAGGACUGUCUGGGACUGGUCUGAGUGGGGAUGGGAAAACUGAAAACUAGCUGUUAUUGGCAGAGAGGUUUGGAACUCUCUUUGUUAUUGGUCUAUUCAAAUGUAUUCCACCUGGUGAAGGGAACCAGGCAAGCAAAAACUCCCCCAUUGCAAAACCUGCUGAUCAACCAGCAACUAUCAGGAAAUAACUUUUUUCACACUUUUACAGUAUUAGUUUCAGCAGAUGUACAAUAUGAUACAAAAUGAAGGGGGAAAAGUUUUGACUGCACUGGGCCUUUAAAACUCUGUUACUAGCCUGUGUGGUACACUAUCUCUCAAGACGUGCUCACUGAGAUUCUCGUGUUUCUCUCCUUCUGGAGCUUGGGCUCCGGGCUGAAGUGUGCUUGCCAGAGGAACAACGUGUAGGAAGUGGUUUUAGUCAGACAAGGAAGGGGUAACGACCAAUCUGUCAGUGAUAAUAACGUGACAGCUGGCUACAUGCAUACUCCUACCUAUACAAUUGGUUUACGUCAGUAUCAUCACCCUGCAUUAUGGCAGACAAGGACUCAGGACAUGCCCAAUUUCUCUAAGUUGAUUACGGACAUUGUGUUCCUCACUAUGUUCAGAUAAGAUUACUCCCACCGGGCCUUGAACAUAGAUAGAUACAUUUUACGGUAGGAUGUAACCCAAUUGAGGCUGUAAUAUGUUUAGCGGCUCCAGAAAUAGGUUGUUGUACAUACUUUCUCCCCAUCUAUCAAUUUCAUGACAGCUAAACAGGAUACCGAUUGGUUCAUUUGGGAUGAUAGCACCUUAUAAGUAUUAUACGUAUUCUUCCAAACCGAUCCUACUGUUAGUAUAGAUAGAAAGUUGGUGGCCUAUAGAGGGUUGGGAGAAGUACACAUGAUAUAGUCAUUAGUAUUCCUGCUUUUCUUGUAUAUAUUUAGUUCGUACAGAUUUUAUGGGAUAUUUCAAAAUAGACUUGGAUGUUUGUUUAGCUGCGGAGACCAGUUCAAAAGAGGAGCUUCGAUAUUACAUUGUGUUUAUUUUGCUGUGCAGAUGGAAAUGUUGAGAUAGGGUUGGGUAUGACUUUGUACCAUUAGAUUAAACGUGACCUUUCGGUUUUAAAUAUACUGCAUAUCCAUUUAGAAGUACAAUAUGCUGGAACUUUACUCUUCAACCAUAAGAGAUUUGAAAAACAAUUAUUGGACUUAUGGAGUGACUGAAGCACUUUCUGCCCAUGAUUCACCAAUACCUCCAAGAGCAAGGAUUGCAGUGAUCUCUAGUCUAAAUGAGUUAACCUUACUUUUAGGCUAUAUCAAAAGCAUUUAAAUGCUUUCGAGUAUGACUUGCUGUUAAGUAUUUCAUAUACAGGAAAUGUCUCUAUCCACAGUAAAUGUUUACAGGAAGUGUUUCUAUCCACCCACUAAAUCUCUCUGUAUGUUUUUCUUUGUAGUGAGUGUGAGGGCGUUGGAUGUCACAGUGACCCAGAGCAGCAUCCAGGUAGCCCGUGGCCAGGCGGCCAUCUUGCCCUGCUCCUUCUCCACCAGCGCUGCUCUCAACAACCUCAACAUUAUCUGGAUGGUCAUCCCGCUGUCCAAUGCCAACCAGCCCGAACAGGUAACCCUCCUCUAAACAUGUGUAUGUGAUCUGGGUUGUCUGUGUGCCUCAAAACCGUGCUAUCAAAUCAAAUUGUAUUUGUCACAUGCGCCGAAUACAACAGGUUCACUACCUUACAGUGAAAUGCUUACUUACAAGCCCUUAACCAACAAUGCAGUUUUAAGAAAGAAUACCAAAAAAAAACAAAAAAAAAAAAACAAUUUAAAAUAUUACGAAAUAAAAGUAACAAAUAAUGAAUGAGCAGCAGUAAAAAUAACAAUAGCGAGGCUAUAUACAGGGGAUACCGGUACCGAGUCAAUGUGCGGGGGCACCGGUUAGUCGAGGUAAUUGAGGUAAUAUGUACAUGUAGGUAGAGUUAUUAAAGUGACUAUGCAUAGAUAAUAAACAGAGAGUAGUAGCAGUGUAAAAGCAAUGCAAAUAGUCUGGGUAGCCAUUUGAUUAGAUGUUCAGGAGUCUUAUGGCUUGGGGGUAGAAGCUGUUUAGAAGCCUCUUGGACCUAGACUGCAUGUGUGUGCAAAUUUGGACAAGUUUGGAUAUUUUUCAGUUGCAUGCACCUCUAUGUACAGUAUGUAUGUAUGAGCUAAAGGCAUUAGCUGUAGAAAGCUAACACAAGUCUUCAGGACUCAGGCAAGGUUACCGUCCCAUACACCACCAUCACAUCCCUCUCCACAGUUCCAUACACCUACGCUUCCCUCCCUAACCAACAAAAUCUCUCAACACAACUAUUAUUGACGCGCCAGACUGUUCACCUCAAUGACGAUUUGUGAAUAUACUGUACUGUAUUCCCAUGUGACCCACAUGAGUCGCACUCUGACAAUAUCCACACCGCACGCAUCUGUGCCAGGCCCCCUGGGUAUUGUAGUGUUUGGAGAGUGGCGUGACAUACAGCACCAAACUAGUCCCUGUGAACAGACUUUAUCUGUAGCCGAGCCAGAACCGGAUGUAAUCGGCUGCUCCUGCAUGCCCAAAGAAGGUCGCUGUUGUGUUGUAUGGCCAUCAAACAAAGCACGCAGGUUUCUCCUGGUCUGCAGCUGCAGGCGCCACAACCUCACCUGCCUCCAACACGUUUAACCUCAUCCACGUAACGUAAUAAUCUUCUGCACUAAUUAACCUGGAGCAGCUGUUCUCACCACACACACAGGCACACAUGCACACACACACACUCAGAUAAACACACGCAUGCGUGGGAGCACGCACUCACACACAAUCAGGCAGAUAAGCACACACAUGCGUGGACACACCACACACACACACACAUGCACACACAAUGAGAAGUAAUAACAGGGGUGUAAAUUUGGUUUUAGAAGUGGGGGGGACAUAAUUAUAAAUCUGUUUUUAUCCAGUCAGAUAAACACUCCAAACAGCCUACCUGACCGCUCGGAGGCGUCCGCUUGGUCCUAAAGCACAACGUUGUCUCGUUUUGUAUCACAUUCCAAUGAUAAAACUGGAUGGGACAAAAAUGCAAUUUCAGAAUGUGGGGGGGGGGGGAAAAACAUGUCCCCCCUGUCCCCAGUGAAAGUUGCGCCCCUGAGUAAUAAACACACUUACAUGACACAAAUGCACACACAGUAAACACAAUCAGAAAAACAUACAUACUGUACAUAGAGAGGCAUGCAACUGAAAAAUAUCCAAACUUAUCCAAAUGUGCACACAAGUGCACACACACGCACCAUGCUCACACACCACACCUACACACAAGGUUGCACUGCACAUGUAUGUACCCACACACACACAGAGGCUGUUUUGACACAGUCAAACGCACAGAUGGAGAGAAUAUUGCUAACGUAGAGCCAUUGGCUGUCUUAACCUCCUUCACGCCUGUCUGAGCACCCUUUUGGUGUAAACGGCGAGGCUCGGGACACAUUGUGUCUGGAUGAUUCUAGCAGGAAGGAAUGAUUCCACCACAUUCAUUUGGUGACGUAGUCUCAGCGGAGAACAGAUGUGCUGUGUGUGAGUUGUGCGCCACCUCAGGCUUUCAGGCACCGCCUCAACAGGAAGAAGACAGUCAGCUCUAGGCUAGCACGACAACACCUCAUCAGAGCGACAGUAUAGUACAGUACAGUACAGUAUAGUAUAGGAUAGUAUAGAAGUCACCUAUACUCAUCAACUUGGGUAAAGUAGUUUGAGUGCAGCACAAGUAUGUAAAAUUGUCCACACGUUACAAUAGAUAUGUUUUGCACCAGAGUCACUACCAGUAGAAUAACCAGUUGUAAUUACCCUGUAACAAGCUAGUAAAUACAUACAGUUAUGACCUAAUGUACUUACCACUUAACUCUAACUUAAGCUUGAACUUUUUUUGUAUUUUCUUGCGAAACAGAAUUAACAUUGGUAAGAACUGAGACAUUGUCUGUAGUUGACAUGCUUAUUAAAGGUAUAUACAGAAGUUAUUCCCUAAGAGGUAUAUUGGAAUAAUACCAGUAAUAUAAAGUAUUGCCGUACCAUAACAACAUUUCGUACAGGUGCAUGUUCAGUGAAUGCUUCAAAUAGAGAAACUUUGAAAUUGUUUUUAUUUCUAUCACAAGCGUGCUAGUACUGCUUCUUCAUGUUGUCUGGUGGGCUGUCUGAAAGGUUCACUGUGGUUUGAGUGUACACCACUGCCAGUGUUGUGACAGCACAAGGCCCACUCUGUAGGAAAUGGCUGUCAUGAAUGAUUAUGAUUCGAGCCAUACACCAUGCAUAAUUUCUGAAAUGAUCUCAUAAAUGUACGUUUAUGACGCAUACAUUAUUUUUGUAGACAACAGACAAUAAUUAAAAGCGUACAGACAUUUAAAGUCCUACGUUUUGUCGCGUGUGAAGUUUGAUCACAGUAUUCCAUUUUAUGAUUUUAUAUGAUAUAAAAAUUAUAUGGUUUAUUUUAAUUUAUAUGAUUAGUCUUUCUAAGAACCACGGAAGUGUUAACACUGGAAAUGACAGGCCUCGAGGGACCCCACUUUGAACAAAUGACGAGUCUUUUGGACGUCAAUAUUCUAAUGUUGGGACCGGUAUCCAACUAUGGAAUAAAAAGGCAGCGUUUACAAUGCACACUAAUUCUUCAUCACUUACCACACAUAGGCCUAUGCAUACUUGUUUGUUUAUUAGGGCAGACUCUCUCUGACUGCUUUGUGUAUUUGGUAUCUUUUAAACCAUCCCUGAGGUUAGGAAUAAGAUAUAAAUAAGUUGUUGAUUGAGUUUAGUUCACCCAGCUUUAGAUUAAACGUGAGAACAUCAGUCGUGCUCCUCAAAGACUCAACUCAUAAACCAUCAACCUUUUAGGCUGACUGACGAUCAGAUCCCUUUGCUCACUUCGCAAAGAGAGCUCUUCUAAUUCUUCAGUUUGUUUACUCUAAUCUUCCAUGUUUAGCCUCAGAUUAAAGGGGCAAUCUGCAGUAGCUACAUCCAUUUUUGGACUGAUGUGUCCAUUGAUUCUUGAAGAAUAUCACAUAUAAAUCCCUCAUGAGCUUAGUUCAACUGUCGUACCCCAUCAGAACCCAAAAUAUAAGCUUGUUUUACUCCAAUGUUUGUAAACAAAGUAAAUAUAAACAAAAUAUGGUUUAAACUAUACAUUUGGAUGGUCAAAUACUUCCAUCCAUAGCUCUGUCUAUGAAUUUCAGAGUGGUUACAUGUCUCCAGCCCCAUCCCUCAGCUUUUAGCGAAACAGUGGUGGGGAUAACGCUUUGUUAUUGUUUCAACUGCUGAUUGCCGCUUUAUGGCCAAUUGCAUGCAGACGGUGGGGCCAGGUGUGUAGAGCCUUGGAAAUGAAUCUGUCCGUUCUCCUUUACUCCCUAAUAACACACUGCGGUAUCCUGAUGCUAGGUGUUAUAGGAAGUGAUCCAGACCAGGUUCAUACACAUUUACAUUUUAGUCAUUUAGCAGACGCUCUUAUCCAGAGCGACUUACAGUUAGUGAAUACAUAUUAUUAUUUUUUUUUUCAUACUGGUCCCCCGUGGGAAUCGAACCCACAACCCUGGCGUUGCAAACGCCAUGCUUUAUCAACUGAACUACAUCCCUGCCGGCCAUUCCCUCCCCUACCCUGGACAACGCUAGGCCAAUUGUGCGCUGCCCAUGAGUCUCCCGGUCGCGGCCGGCUGCGACAGAGCCUGGAUUCGAACCAGGAUCUCUAGUGGCACAGCUAGCACUGCGAUGCAGUGCCUUAGACCACUGCGCCACUCAGGAGACUAUACACCAGGGUCAUAUUUACUAGGCACGAAUCGGAAGAAAACGGGCCGAAACUAUCUGAACUUGCCCAAUAAGAAAUGCUUGUUUUUAACUUUUUGCAACGUUUUGCUAUACGUUGUGCCCUAAUGAAUACAACCCAUGUCAUGGCUGAUGAGAAUGUUGGGAGGGGGGUUGUUCAGUGGUUUACAGGCAGGGAGAGGGGAUGGCAUGGCAGAGGGAUAUGGCAGUGGACAUGGUCUUUGGGGCCAGGCCAGUUCUUACUAGGGAUCACCGCCAUCUGCACUCUUUUCCCGCCUACGCGUUAGAUCGCCAUAUAAGUUAACACGAGAGCGAGAGGUGAUCUCACGCACACAGAUACUCAGUGGCUGCUGCGGUCGCGGGUGCGUUUGGGUCUCAUCACAGCUGAAGGGCUGCCUAUUCAUCUGCACAUAAGAGGACAAAGCGUACAGCACUCAGGAAACUGCGGCGCCGCAAUUUACAUGCAGUUAAGCAGCAGUGCAGAGGGAGAGAUGGAGGGAGGAAGGGAGAGGGGAGAAGAUCACGCAGCCCUACUGAGAUGGUUCUGUGGCUCCCUGGGUGCUUUGAACAGAACAGUUCAAUGGGGGUUCUUUCAAACAACGCUGAAUAGCCUCCCUGAUUCCCCAGGAUGCUUUUGUGUGCCUGGCUGAAGGGUUAGGUGUUUUUUAUUUAGAAGGUGCACGCAAAUGGCUGCUUCUAGCAGAGUUCAAAGCAACAAAAAGCUUUUGAACACCUUCCGACUCUCAAACAUGCAGCUCGGAAGAGCUCAAAUCAACAGGAGGUUUUAUUUCAAUAGUACUUAUAUAUUUGUUGAUGUUUUUCCACUUUGGCAUCCCUUUUCUGAAGAGAAAUUGCAUUGCUGAUAAAUUGAUCAUGUCAAUGGCGUUAGGCUUCUUCAUAUUAUUACCAUAGUUACCAUAGUUUGGUGUUUUAGUUCCUUGUUGUGUAUGAUUGUAACAGUAUGUUGACCAUUUGAGCUGUGCUCCUCUUUCUGUUCCCCAUUUUUAAGCUUGGAAGCUGCUCUUGAAUUCAUGCUUGUUGUAAUGUAAAAUACUUGUAUAGUUCAGGACAUUUUGAAAUGAUCAUAUUCUGUGUAUUAUCAUCCUUUCAGUUGUCAAGUGAUGCUUCAGUUUAUACUGCAACACUAGGUCGCCAUCUUGUGAAAAUCUGUUGCACCUGCACUCUUCAGUGUCCAGAAUCCUCAUGCACUCACUUGCCUGGCUGUUGAUUCUCUGUUGUUUGGUUUUAUUUAACUGUGGAAUGAAGUAUUGCAAUUUAAAUAACUUAAUUCAACAUUACUUGUUGAAUGAUCUAUAGUGUGUACCAGGGAAAGGCGAUUACCGGUACAUUUAACCUCAGUGGUUGUUUUUCCAUUCAGAUUCAUACCCUAUAAUUCCUCAAGAUCCAUCAAUUCAGAGCAUUAUGUUUGUAUCUCAAUAUAAACCUCUGCAUCAAUUGAUAUCUAGGUAACCCAGGAUGGAUACAGUUGGCCACAGUUUCAUAAACUCACACCUGGAUGUACAGUGGACAGAAACUCUCUGAUGUUCCAUAGAAAUAGAAGUGGUCAUUCGCACAUCCUAGAAAAAUAACAGAAAGGCCGACACAGUGUAUGUUCCUAAUGACCACCUAAUGACCAACAUUUCGAUCCAUAGGAUCUUCGUUAGGUCAAACUAAUGACAUUCCAUAGAAACGGUGUGAGUGAAUCUCUGUCUUUCUCAUGUCAGGUGAUCAUCUACCAAGGUGGCCAAGUGUUCAGUCUAGCCAACCACUUAAAUGGCCGGGUGGGUUUCGUGGCCACCAUGCCCAGCACAAGUGCUUCUAUCUUCAUCAACAACACCCAGCUGUCAGACACGGGGACCUACCAGUGCCUGGUCAACAACCUCCCCGACAGAGGGGGGCGCAACAUCGGGGUCAUCGGCCUCACCGUCCUGGGUAAAACACACACUGCUGCAUUAGAAUUACAAUGAAGGAGUUGCAUACCAUGCACAUAUAGCCUGCCCACUCUAACUUGACUACAGACCAGGCUACUGUGCAUAGCCUACUGUGAUAAAAAUGGAUGCAUUAAAACUGGGAAGUGUAAACACAUUGCUUAAUGUAAGAAUUAUAUUGUAUGACAUUGGCUUUUAUUUUGACAAAAUGAGUGUCCGAAGCUGGUUUUAAAGAUUACUCUUAUAGCAUGUUGGGACACCACAGUUCUGUAUGUGUAUAAAAACAAGACCUCCUUUGGAUAAGAGCAUCUGUUAAAUUACUCAAAUGUAACGUAAAAUGUGAGACCAAAUGCCCCUUCAGGAGGCUAGGAUCUGUCUGUACUGAUCGAUAAGGUACUAACUAUACCCCUCUCUCUCCCUCUUGUCUCUCCAGUGCCCCCCUCAGUGCCCGCAUGCCGUAUCCAGGGCACGCUGGAUGUGGGCGCUGACAUCAUGCUGAUGUGCAGCAGCGAGGAGGGGAUCCCCACACCCAGCUACGUCUGGGAGAAGCUGGAGUCGCUGCCCAGGCUGCCCCACACCGCCAUGCAAGGUAUUAAACCCCUGGCCGUGGGCGUGCCCUUUUGCCCCACCUUCGCUGGUAAAUCAACUAGUAUCUUUGGUAACGUCACCGUGGCUCCACCUGCCCGCCCCCAACUCUGCCCCUCAGGGUGCCACCACCCACCCUGGUCCAGUUCAGGGCCUGCAUUCACAAAGCAUCUCAGAGUAGGAGUGCUGAUCCAGGAUCAGCUGGUCAACAGUUCCUGUCAUUUUAUUCAUUAUGAUCCUAGAUCAGCACUCCAACGCUGAGACAUUUUUUUUGGAAUACAGACCCAGUUUUGUGUGUGUGUGUGAGCCGUGCAGUGGCCUCUCCUCGCUCUCUCCAGAUGUGUCAUCACAUCACAGUGUGAUUCUCACCGUACUACACUACUGCUCACUUCAACACAAGGCUACACUCCACAAUAACCAAUCGGCUUAGGUUUCCUUCGUUACUCAUCCUCCUGCCUGUCUGUGUUGUUUUACACAGUAGAUAUCAACUGUACCAACACUGCCACCAUGAUAUCUGUCUGCAAAACAGCUCAUGUUGCAGAGAAGAGGGUAGUGGUGAAAUCUAGGCCAGUAAUCUGGAUUUAGUGCUUAUGUGGUUUGUUCCAAGCUCCCAUGGUAGCCUUUUCUUAAAGACAGUAGUGUUAUAUAACAUAUUACUCCAUAAAGAAUCAGACGUAUGAACAAUGGCACUGUAACUGGGUUUAUAUCAGCAAGGUGUUGUAUAACGGACAAAAUAUACACCAGCCGUUUUACGGUAAGUGAUUUGGUGCCCUCUAUUGGGUUUUUGCCAGUAGUCCCAGUUACUGUACCAUAUCCUAAAGCAAUUUGAAUAAUGCUGUUAUUUGAAGUAACAUAUCUGCAUAAUACUAGUAAGUAAGCUGUGCUCAACAAUUAUUUCAACUGCCUAAAUGAUUAGAAAUUAUUUUGGUUAUUUCAAUUAUGUAAGUAAUGUAUGAAUGUUUUUGAACACGUUACAAACAAAUGGUUACAUUAAUUAUUAGUCCAAAAGGAAUUACAUGCAUAUUUAAUCCCAAUGUAUUUUAAUGACAUGUUUUUGUGUCUUGUCUAUUUGUUCUGGGAUUGUUGAUGGUGUUCCCCAGUGAUGUUUUAACCCCAGACUGGCAUGGUUUGUGUUUAAACCCCAGACCAGAUGCAAGGGACCGUAACAUUGAGGAACAUCAGUACCAGUACAUCUGGUCUGUACCAGUGUACAGCCUCCAACGCCAUUGGCAAGAGCACCUGUCUACUCAACCUGCAGGUUGUGGCACGUAAGUACCCAACAUCAUGAUGACUUAAGCACGGCUUUGUGCAGUACCACUCGAAAAAAUAACAUUCAAAUACAACACUCAUGGAACUUAUCAAUGUUAAAUCCUUGGACUUCACCUUAAAAAUACACAUUUUAUUGUUUAAAAUGAUUUCACUCUGGAAAUACUCCUCCAGGAAUGUUAUUUUUUUUUGGGGGGGGGGGGUAAAUCAGCUUUAAUAUUGCAGAUAGACUGUGGCUUCUAUCAAUGUAAUUGUCUACAGCAUUUCCAAUACCCCAUAUAUAUAUUCAGACCCCUUGACCUUUUCCACAUUUUGUUACGUUACAGCCUUAUUCUAAAAUGUAUUAAAUCGUUUUUUUCCCUCAUCAAUCUACACAAUUAUGUAAUGACAAAGCAAAAACAGGUUUUUAGAAAUGUUUGUUAAUUUAUAAUGUAAAAAAAGAACUGAAAUAUCACAGUUACAUAAGUAUUCAGACCCUUUACUCAGUACUUUGUUGAAGCACCUUUGGCAGCGAUUACAGCAUUGGGUCUUCUUGGGUAUGAUGCUACAAGCUUGGCACACCUGUAUUUGGGGAGUUUCUCCCAUUCUUCUCUGCAGCUCGUCUUAAGCUCUGUCAGGUUGGAUGGGGAGCGUUGCUGCACAGCUAUUUUCAGGUCUCUCCAGAGAUGUUUGAUCGGGUUCAAGUCUGGGCUCUGGCUGGGCCACUGAAGGACAUUCAGAGACUUGUCCCGAAGCCACUCCUGCGUUGUCUUGGCUAUGUGCUUAGGGUCGUUGUCCUGUUGAAAGGUGAACCUUCGCCCCAGUCUGAGGUCCUGAGCGCUCUGGAGGAGGUUUUCAUCAAGGAUCUCUCUGUACUUUGCCCAUUCAUCUUUGCCUCGAUCCUGACUAGUCUCCCAGUCCCUGCCGCUGAAAAACAUCCUCACAGCAUGAUGCUGCCACCACCAUGCUUCACCGUAGGGAUAGUGCCAGGUUUCCUACAUAUGUGACGCUUGGCAUUUAGGCCAAAGAGUUCAAUCUUGGUAUCAUCAGACCAGAGAAUCUUGUUUCUCAUGGUCUGAGUGUCUUUAGGUGCCUUUUGGCAAACUCCAAGCGGGCUGUCAUGUGCCUUUUACUGAGGAGUGGCUUCCGUCUGGCCACUACCAUAAAGGCCUGAUUGGUGGAGUGCUGCAGAGAUGGUUGUCCUAAUGGAAGGUUCUCUCAUCUCCACAUAGGAACUCUAGAGCUCUGUCAGAGUGACCAUCAGGUUCUUGGUCACCUCCCUGAACAAGGCCCUUCUCCCCCGAUUGCUCUGUUUGGCCGGGUGGCCAGCUCUAGGAAGAGUCUUGGUGGUUCCAAACUUCUUCCAUUUAAGAAUGAUGGAGACCACUGUGUUCUUGGGGACCUUCAAUGCUGCAGACAUUCUUUGGUACCCUUCCCCAGAUCUGUGCCUCGACAGAAUCCUGUCUCGGAGCUCUACGGACAAUUCCUUCGACCUCAUGGCUUGGUUUUUGCUCUGACAUGCACUUUCAACUGUGGGACCUUAUAUAGACAGGUGUGUGCCUUUCCAAACCAUGUCCAAUCAAUUGAAUUUACCACAGGUGGACUCCAAUCAAGUUGUAGAAACAUCUCAAGGAUGAUCAAUGGAAACCGGAUGCACCUGAGCUCAAUUUCGAGUCAUAGUAAAGGGGCUGAAUACUUAUGUAAAUAAGACUUGUUUUCGCUUUGUCAUUAUGGGGUAUUGUGUGUAGAUUGCUGAGGAUAAUUUUUUUAAAAAUCCAUUUUAAAAUAAGGCUGUAACGUAAUAAUAUGUGGAAAAUGUCAAGGGGUCUGAAUACUUUCCGUAGGCACUACAUUGUUUUAAAUAUAUAUAUUUUUAAAUAUAUUUUCCUUCUUUAUUAUUUUCCCCUAACCGUACCACUCCUCCCCUAAUUGGAGUAAACUAAUGGACAACAAUAAUUUGGCUUCCACUUCCAGCUUAAACAUACUACAUACAUUUCACGGACAGUAUAUUUUACAUUUAGUUAUCUUUUGUCUGUUUUUAGUCCAAACUUUCAGCUACUCUAGGAAAACUUUGUUCCUAUGCUCCCCCUCUCCCAAUUCCACCCCUGCCAGUGGGUAGUAACAAUGUAACCUGAGUUAGUAUGCUGCUACUGCACUCGCCUGACCCUGCCUUAGAGUAGACAGUCGCUGACACCAGUGACAACUUUAGUGAGUGGCUCGUUUGGGGUUUGUGAUUGUCAAGGAGUAAAUGGCAUGUCACCGGUUGUCACCGGCAGGGCGGCUGUGGCUCUGGUGAGUGCUCUGACAGAGGCUCGGGGGCUCUGUCAGGGAGGUACCCACUGUUUGAUCAGGAGAGUGAUCCUAUAAACCUUUAUCGCCACUCAGCCAUCUGUUCAGCUGUAAACAAUGACAGCAUCAUUUUCCCAGUGUGUGUUGCAGCAUGUAUGAUUAAACACCUGCCACUGUACUACUCUCUGAGCUAUAGGACAACAGACUGACCUAAACGUCCCUCAUAGUGGAAAUGGCUAGAAUUAAUACACAUUUUUGUGGUUUUUAAAACUCACAACAAAUCGUUUUCUGAUAAAAGCACAAUGUUACAGGUAUUAUAGGUAUUAUGGUACAGAUAUUAUGCAAAAAUUCAAACGUCAUAAUAGACAUACAGUACCAGUCAACAGUUUGGACACACCUACUCAUUCAAGAGUUUUUCCAAUGCCAAGAGUGUGCAAAGCUGUCAUCAAGGCAAAGGGUGGCUACUUUUUUGGUUACUACAUGAUUCAAUAUGUGUUAUUUCAUAGUUUUGAUGUCUUUAUUUUCACUAUUAUUCUACAAUGUAGAAAAUAGUAAAAAUAAAGAAAAACCCUGGAAUGAGUAGAUGUGUCCAAACUUUUGACUGGUACAUCCAAAUUAAAUCACACUUCAGUCCACUUAAAUCUUUCCCACAAUUCACUAUUAAGUGAGGGGGGGGGGGGGGGGGGGGGGUGAGUGAGGACAUCAUUACAGGUCCUGGAGAACCACUGGGCAUGUUGUUGGCAUUCAACCAAAGCUCCUCAAUGUUUUAUUAAUGUCUUAAUGCAGGCCUUAUUAGAGUGGCUUCAUGCCACAGAUGAAUAGGUGUUUGUGCUGAGGUUCAGGAGCUAGCAGUUUUGAAAGUAGUUCUCGUAGCGGCAUAACUGGUCGUGUGUGAUCUGGGUCCUGUUCAUUAGGGCACACCGAGCAAAACGUUUUGCAUUGGAAAACAAGUGUUUCAUAUUGGAGAAGUACACACAAAAAAAUGUAUGCACGCAUGACUGUAAGUCGCUUUGGAUAAAAGCGUCUGCUAAAUGGCAUAUUAUUAUUAUUAUAAGUUCAGGUAGUUCAUUUUCUUCUGUUUUGUACUUAAUGAAAAUACCCCAGGACUUAGUCUCCCUCUCUCUCCCCUGGUCCUUCAGCCCAGCUCCAGAGUGUGGGUCUCAUAGUUGGCACCAUCGCCACGGGCGUCUUGGCUGUCAUCAUCUGCUCCCUACUGGUGUUGGUGACACUCUUCUACUGGAAGAACAAGAACAAAUACGAGGAGGAGGAGAUACCGAACGAGAUCAGGUGGGUCUUCCAUUGACUUCCUGCUUUCUUCCAUUUCUUCCAUAGCAACACACUAGUCUAAACAUUAGACUCUGAACUCACCAUAACUGUUCUGGUGCCGUGCAUUUGAUAGGCUACAUAGAGUAUGUAGUAGAUAUGUGUUGAAAACGGAGAUAUACUGUAUCCUUGAAAUUGGACGAUUACCCUUUUGAAGUUAGUUUUAUCCAUUUGUUCAGGUGUUCAGACUUUUCUUCAUCACUAUGUGAAUUCUCUGUCGCUUGUAUAAAUGGCCUGCUAUUCUUCCCCUAAAUGACUUCAUAAAUCAAUUUGUAGAUAAAUCAUUGUUGAAAUGUUUCAGCUCUGAGCUAGUGGGAUAACUGCUGCCUCAUUUGGGUGAUGAUAAUGUCCCUGAAUUUAAAUGUUGUCUCAGUGUGGUGCCUCUGCACUUAUACCACUGACAUUUGACAUUUUCUCUAACAAAAUUGAUCAGGACCAAGCUGUGGAAGUGAAUGUCACUCCUCAUAGAGUGAUACACAUUUUAAGAAUGGACCUCCUAAACCGUUCUUUUGUCAUUCCAGUUUUUAACCACUUGUCAUUUAGGCCUUCCCAAUCACUACAAGCACUAUUCAGACUAGUAAGAUACCAAUAUUGUAUUUAUAAUGAACAUUAGUUGUGGUUGUUGAUCAUCAAACACAACAGGCCACUGUGGCUCAUCUGAAGCCAGAAAUAAAUAUUAUCUCUCUGGCUAAUGUAGGUUUGCCAAAAGGUGCCCCGUAGCUGUUUAACUAUUCAUUUCUAAGUCGUACAUAAGAUAAGUCAUGCAUAUUGCAUGCUCAUUUAAUAGACGGUCUCACUUAAAUCCCUUUUUUAUAUCAGCGACAUCUCCAUCGCUAUCAGGUCCACUAAGUUUCAUCUGCAAAAAGAGAGUGUUCAAAAUAGUGUUAUAUCUAAUUAGUGGAGAUCAAACACAAAAUCUUCUUGAAAACGUUUUUCCAUUAAACAUUCACAGUAAGGAACACUGACUACUCAGACUGGUGUUACAAAUAGAUGUGCCUAUUUAAACGUUUAUAACCUUUAAAAAACUGUUUGAAAGAAACAUUGUUUUUUUUAAACAAUCCCACUAUUUGCAAAUAUAAGUCCAUUUCCGACUAGCGUUUUCAUUAACAGCUCAGUCAAACAUGAAGAAGAAGAAGAAGAAGACCCAGUGGAACUUAAGCUGCAAAUUACAUCAUAGGGCAUUGACUAAACAGUCAGAAUUGUAAGAGAAACCUAAUUGAGUAUUAAGAUGAUAUUUGGAUGUUGCAACACACUUGUUAACGUAAAGCACCAAAUACGUAUGUCACAUAUGAUGCUGAUGGAAAUACGUUAAAGAGUGACAUAUUACUUAAGAGAUUGGGUUGGAUAUAAAAAACUGUUAACAGUGAAUUUUAACCUCCUGUCAUUUCUGUAGUCCCUAUAGUGACCUCCCCGUGCCCUUUGUGCUUUACAGGGAGGACGACCUGCCCCCUAAGAGGUCGUCGUCAGUAAAAGCAUUUCACGCCGACGCCUCAUCCUCUGAGAACGACACCCUAACGUCCACCAACACCUACAACAGUCGCUAUUGGCACAACCCCAAGCCCAACUACGACACCAACUCCUACACCCGCUACAACGGCGACACGCGCCAGACGUUCUCUACGGGGCAGGCGGGUCACACAGGUCAAACGGGGGGACAUGCAGCUCACACAGGACACGGGACGCUGGUGCCGCAGGGCUCCGCCCGCCAGGCCUACUCCAAUGGUAGCCACACCCUCCCCCCGCCCAAGACUCUGGUGGUCACCACCAACUCUGCCCCCUCCCCUCCCACGAUGGUGCGCAGCAAUGGCUCGGUGAGCCUGAAGCCCGUGACGGUGGCAUCGCACGGUGGGUACACGCACUCGUACGCCGUAAGCCAGGCCACGCUGGAGCGCAUGGGCGCCGUACCCGUCAUGGUGCCAGCCCAGAGCAGAGCAGGCUCUCUGGUCUAA